AUGAUGGAAACCGCGAGCUUGCAGCUCCCUAAAACGGGCGGCAAGUCUCGCUUCUCAAAGGCCCUCCCCGUCCCUCCUUCUUUGCCUGCUCUUGACUUCGACACGGACUCGUUCGGGUCUGACCUCCCACUGCCUCCGCCACCAAAGAAGGACCUGCCCAAGACACCUGUUGCUGGAGCCCCCCUUCCCAUCAUCAAGAAGCCCGUACCGGCCGCAAAGGACUGGGACACCAGGAGCACCUUCACAACCAAGACUGCUUAUACCAUGGCUGCCGUUGCUCAGCCUCCCCCAGAUUCACCUCUCCCGCGCCUGCCUGCAAAGUCUCCCGGACUCCCACCCCCGAUGAGUGUGCCACGCCGACGGCCCGUCGCCUCCCCGACUGUUGCAAGCCCCUCGGGUCCGGCCCCGACAUCUAUCCCAAGCCCGACGUUGCCGGCCAGAGUUCCCUCACCUGCCGGCUCAUACUCCAGUCUACUGUCUGCCUACUCCAACCACACAUCUGAUUCUACACCGAGGACAUCAACAAACUCUGCCAAUGAAGUGGGUUCCAUUGUUCCAUCCAAAGAUUCUCAUUCAGCGUCGUCGCCCACAAUAGGAAACGAGGCUCGCAUUCAGUCGCAAACACUUCCGUCACUGCCAUCCGACCAACAUGCUCAAACACAAAAACCCAGCACUUUUACUCACCAGAUGUUUAAAGAAGACCUCGAAGAGCUACCACCUCCACCGCCUCUGAAAGAUGCCCAGCGGCUUGCUAGACCGCAAACGCCGACGAGUCUGCAGAUAUCAUCAUCGUCUGUCCAACCACCAGCAUCCACGCACACGGCCGCAUCCCCGCUAGUAGAUAACAGUUCUCCACAGGAUCAGCUCUGGAGAAGAAGAUCACUAAAAGCCGAGAAAAAAGUUGACGUUCCUGAACUCAACCUUGCUUCCAGCAACGGAUCCACCGCUGCAUCCAAACAAACGCCACAGCCACCUUCACAGCAGCCUCACUCUUCACAACCGCAAGAGCAACCUCCCCCGUCCACGGCACAACGUGCCCCACCACCCCAAAAUUUUGCAGGUGGAUUGCCAGGGCGAAACAUUCGGCCGGUGCAUCCGAGUGAGCAGGCGGUGCCGCAGAUCGAGGUCAAUAUGGGACAAGAAGUGUCCCAUGUGAAGGACAAGUUGAGGAGGAAGGGCAGCCAAAGUCCGCCGAUCGAAAAGGCUUCCAGUCCUUCCAGCUCGUUGCCGGUUGUGUCGCCAUUAUCCGCCCGGCGAUUGCCGACGCCAGAAUACGGGGCGAAUGAUGUCGAAAGUCCCGUGAUGGCCAUGGCCGUGUCGCCAAUAUCGCCGGCGAUUACCCCAGAGUUGCCGAGUGAGCAAAGGCCGGUGCCGCCGCCGCCGCCUUCUGUGUCACGAAGCGCGCUCGGCCCCCCUCCGGAGCACGCAUUACGACAAGCUAGAAGCAGUCCCAAUUUGGCGCCCAAGGCCAGCAACGGGGGAUUUAAUGGUCGCUCACCAAACGGUUUGCCAUCUUCGCCUGUGCCUAGCCGUGACCGGUUCGCGAGCCCCCCGCACUCGGCCCGCUUCCGAGCCGACUCUGGUUCUGGGCUUGGACCGAACCGACGGGAUCCUGCAGGUUCGUAUCUGGAAUUGCAGCCACCGUUUCAAAGGCAACCGCAAUCACGACCCCAGAGCCCGGCUUGGGGUGGCAAGCCCGUGUCUGAAGAUGGAUCAGUCAUUACGCUCCGAGCAGCACCGCCAGCAAUCCGACCAGAGUUAUUGGAUCAUCCCCUCCGGGAACACGACCCAAACGCACCAGAUGAGACGGAUAACCCUGGGGCGGGGUUGUUUCCCAGAAACUGGUUCACGCCUGCGCCGGCAGAGGAGAUACUGGAUGCUAGGCCGUUGCAGGAGAAGCAUUUUCGGUGUAUUACUAGCCAUAGGAUCAUGACGGCGGGGAAGCAAAAGAAUAAUCCGAUUGCGUGCCGGACGUGUGGGCACAAGGAUCGGAAUGCGGAGUGUUAUAUUUGUAGUGCGUGUUAUUUGAAUGUUUGUUCGGGGUGUGUGGGGUUGUUGAAGAGGAGUCGAGGGGAUUUGGGGGUGGUGAUCAAGGCUGUUGGGGAGAAGGGGAGGGGGGAGGGGGGUGAUGUGUGA